AUGACUUGGGCAUGUCACCCGAGGGUGACAUUCAGACAGAUGUCCCGUCACGGAAGGCGAAAAAGGACGCUGGCUCGCCGAUCUAGAGCAGGGAAGGAUGUUUAUAAGCCCCCCUACUCCUACAUCGCCCUCAUCGUCAUGGCCAUCCAGAGCUCGCCCUCCAAGCGCCUGACCCUCAGCGAGAUCUACCAGUUCCUGCAGGCCCGCUUCCCCUUCUUCCGCGGCUCCUACCAGGGCUGGAAGAACUCCGUGCGCCACAACCUCUCCCUCAACGAGUGCUUCAUCAAGCUGCCCAAGGGCCUGGGCCGCCCGGGCAAGGGCCACUACUGGACCAUCGACCCGGCCAGCGAGUUCAUGUUCGAGGAGGGCUCCUUCCGACGGCGGCCCCGCGGCUUCAGGAGGAAAUGCCAGGCGCUGAAGCCCAUGUAUCGCAUGAUGAACGGGCUGGGCUUCGGCGCCUCCAUCCUCCCGCAGGGCUUCGACUUCCAGGCGCCCCCCGCCUCCCUCGCCUGCCACUCCAACGGCUACAACUUAAAUAUUAUCCCCCAAGCCCUGCGGGGGGGAAAAAAAACCGACGCCGGGGGAAAGGCAGCAGCGCGACAGCCCCGCUGCGUGGGGCCUCUCCCCCCCGCGGGUGAGGGCGAAGGGGCUGCUCCGCCCGGGCAGAGCUAUCCGGCUUCUGAGCGGCUCUCGUUCUCUCCUUCUCUUGCAGUGGGAUUGCCUCGCUACCAGCACCACCCCUCCCCGGUGUGCGACAGGAAAGAUUUUGUCCUCAAUUUUAAUGGCAUUUCUUCGUUUCAUCCUUCCGCGAGUGGAUCUUACUACCACCAUCACCACCACCAAAGCGUCUGUCAAGACAUCAAGCCCUGCGUGAUGUGA